ACCAUUCCUCACACAACAACUCUUCAACAACCCAAGAUUGGAAUCGAACUCUGAGACAAGUACUGGGUAAAGGAAGAGGCUUCAGACUCUGAGCUAAAACUGAAAAGCAACACGACAGCGAGCUAAAGCAACUUCAAGACUGAAGAUCGCCUUAAGAUCUAGAGACAGAAAGACAAAAGAAAUUAUUUUUUUUAUUUCUUUUAAGGAACGCUUAACAAUGUCUGCAGGAAAAGUGACGGCUGUGAUCCUUUUUGCUUUAAUCUGCUGGGUGUCCGAUGCCCAGGAAUGCAGUGGGGAAUGUCAGUGCCCACAGAGGGUCCCUGAGUGUGAUCCUGGAGUCAGCCUGGUACAAGAUGGCUGUGGAUGCUGCAAAGUGUGCGCCAAGCAGCUGGGUGAGCUGUGUACUGAGAAGGAUGUCUGUGACCCACACAAAGGACUCUUCUGUGACUUUGGAUCCAGGGUCAACAGGAAAAUCGGAGUGUGCACUGCAAAAGAAGGAGCACCCUGUGUAUUUGGAGGAACUGUGUACAGAAGUGGAGAAUCUUUUCAGAGCAGCUGCAAAUACCAGUGCACUUGUCUAGAUGGUGGUGUAGGAUGUGUGCCACUCUGCAGUAUUGAUAUCCGUCUGCCCAGCCCUGACUGCCCCUUGCCACGAAGAGUGAAACUCCCUGGCAAGUGCUGUGAAGAAUGGGUCUGUGAUCAGCCUAUGGAGAGAACCAUGGUCGGACCUGCUCUGCCUGCUUUCAGAAUGGAAGAAACCUAUGGACCUGACCCUUCUCUGAUCCGUGCCAACUGUUUGGUGCAGACUACUGAAUGGAGUGCCUGCUCAAAGACAUGUGGCAUGGGAAUCUCAACAAGAGUUACUAAUGACAAUGAGCACUGCAGACUGGAAAAACAGAGCAGACUCUGCAUGGUUAGACCUUGUGAGGCCGAUCUGGAGGAAAAUAUCAAGAAAGGGAAAAAGUGCAUCCGUACUCCUAAGAUCUCUAAACCAAUCAAAUUCGAGCUUUCCGGUUGCACCAGUGUGAAAACCUACAGGGCCAAGUUUUGUGGGGUUUGUACCGAUGGCCGUUGCUGCACUCCCCACAGAACAGCCACUCUUCCAGUAGAGUUCAAGUGUCCUGAUGGUGAGGUCAUGAAGAAGAAGAUGAUGUUCAUCAAGACCUGUGCAUGCCACUACAACUGUCCAGGGGACAAUGACAUCUUCGAGUCCAUGUACUACAGAAAAAUGUAUGGAGACAUGGCAUAGAGCAACAAAACCACCACAAUUUAAAGACUCUUUAACUUGAAAUGACUUUGCAACUCAUAAACAUAAUUUUAUAGCACAAGAACGUAUUUAAGAUUGUUUAAAGGAAAGACUUAACCAUUGAAUGACCCCAGCCGUUGGUUUGAAGAAAGGGAGACGAACCAGGCCACCGCAGCUAUGCUGGGUGUAAUAUAUCGUCAUCGUACGCACAAUAACACUGCAAUUAGGCAGCAUUCACUGAGUAUGGUGAUGUAUGUUGCACCCAGACAUGCAACUGGAAAAAAAGUUAUAUUUUUAUAUUCACUAUAUGAUGAACUGACAAUAAGUCAGUGAAAGCUGGAGUUCAUACCCUGGCUACUUUAAGGUUCUAAAGAGAAUUACAAUUGAAUACAAUUCUGUUUUAGUAACCCCAAAGUACACUUAUUGGGUGGAAUCAAAAAUGUGUCUGUUACAAGACUGGAAAGUUUGCAGUGUGUCUUUUUUUGCAUGCUGCAACCUUACUUUUUAUUGGUAUUGUACAUAGUGUAUAUACAUUUUUGUACAGUUAUAUAAAUUAACUUAAUUUUGUUUUGUCGAUGUUUUUUUUUUUCAUUUUUAUAAUGCUUUAAUAUUUUGAUGUUACCCUGUUUUUAUUAUUGUUAUUAUUAUUAAUAUUGUUUGGUUCGCAGUAAGUUUAAAUGCUUAUUUGAGAAACCGUUCAAAGCAUGAAACAGAAUCUCAUGUGGAAAUAGUGCUCAGUUACAGAAAAGGCAUUUCAAGCAACUCCAUAUUGUUCCAUAUGUUAUGAGUAGCUAGGCUGUAUUGAUUGCACUGGAAACAUUUUAUUACCUGAAUUUUAACUGUUUGAGAGCCAAGGGAGAGCAAUUAUUUAUGGCUCUCCCUAACUCCAAUUUGUAAGGCUUUCAGAGAGUUAAACACUUUCAAUUAAUCAACAGAUUGAUAUUCUGGAACUGAUCAAAAGAUUUGUCCCGAGCAUUUGUUUCUUUCUUUGACUAUGACUAUUUCUGUUAUUCAACAGUUUCGUUGUGUGUUUCGACGUGUGACCAAAUGGUACAUGUUUGCACUUUUCUAGAUGAAAAAUAAAAUAUUUUAUUUUUUAUACAAA